UACAACCACGAGCCCUAUUUUUAUCGUCAAGUACUCGUCGACGAGGUUUCAGUGAUUAAUCAAUAAAAUGGAACGAAGUUAACGGAGCUUUUCAUUUCGAAUAUGCGCACGAUGCUUCGAGGGAACAAGAAAUUUACAUACGGCUGGUAAUUCCUUUCAGCUGUUGUACUUCAUUGACGUCUUAUUUCAAAUCAUAUCAAAAGACGAUUUUGAAAGUUGAGUGAGUGUCUUUGUUUAAAGGAUUCGUAAACACAUUGUUCGCGUUCAUCAAGCCGUUAUUGAAUGUGGUUUCAACGAGGCAAUUGUUUCGCAAACAUUUGUAACGGACGUAAGAAAAAUAUAAAUAUGUCUUUGUGGUCAAUGGACUUGUUUUGUUUGUUUGAACAUUCCUUUUGGAAUUGUUUGAUAACAGGAAGUGUGCAGCAGACAUCCCGUCAUUCACAAGAGAGAAUCUUCAGCAUUGCUCGAGCUUAUUCCUCAGAUUGGGCUGAAUGAACCAUUUGCCAGUCAUUUGGAUAGUGGCGCUGCUGCAUUUAGCCUCGACAUUCGCCAGUCCGAUAUACGCGCCACAGUUCCUGCCUGGUGGUACUGGAAGAAAUAUCAGGCAUUUGCCAUGCGUUUCGUUGCGCUCCGGUGAGGCGGGUGUUUGCAUGUUCGCGUUUACGUGUGUAAAAAUGAACGGCACGCAUCUGGGAACCUGCAUAGAUCGUUUUUACUUCGGCAGCUGUUGCAAGAUGAACGACGACGGGGAUAUUUAUCCUCAGGAUAAUACGAUAGAGGACGCGUCAGCGGCGAGUUCAUUCGUAACUGCAGGAAGUGUGCACGAGAGUAAUGACAUCCCGGAUUAUUUUACGCGACCUAAACCGGUUGCGGAGAAGAAACCAGAAGUUUUAACCUCAUCGACGCUCGCUCAGGCUGUUUCGGCGACGAAAGCACCGACUACGGCGACAGCGACGAGGACGACGACGACGACGACGACAACGACGACAACGACGACAACGACAACGACGGCACGGCCAACAACGACGAAACCAGUGCCGAGAACGACUCAAAAAAUAGUGACGAAGCGACCGUCAUUCUUCAGCACUCCUUACACGACUACACAGUCGCCGAUCGGUCUCUCGACCUUCCAGACUUUGUACGAUUAUUCGCACGGUUCCGGAUCAAGCACAACCCCGAAUUACCGUCCUGUUUCAACCAGCCGGCCGACAACGAUCAACAGGAAUGCGACGUCAGUCCAAACAGCAUCGACUUCGUCGACAUCCGGACUUUCCAGCAGGCCAGGACUCAGCUCGAGCACGACAUCGCAAGCCUCCUCGACGAUAUCGAAAAAGCCUGUUUCAACUUCUCCAACGAGACCUUCGACAACAAUCCGCAAGCCCGUAAGCGCACCGACGACACGGCCAACCGUCGUCACUACCGAGCGAACGUCGACGAGAUUCCCUCCAAGAAAUGCGACCACGACGAGACCGCAGCAUACGACAAACACCCGAAAACCGAUUCAGCACAACACGAAAAAACCAACUGCGACGACUAAGAGACCGAGCACAGCAUCCCGGAGACCAACGACGACGAAACAACCGCCCCUCUCCACCGCGGAGCUAAUUUCAACAACCGAGAAGACCUCACCGAGCAUCGAAGUAACGCAAACUUCCAAGCCGCCGCCUCUGACCCCGACCCAAGAAACUCCGACGACUUUCUCCUCAAGACCGUCCUCAUCCAGCGAACCAAGCUCGCCCCACGCGAGACCGAGUCAUCGUCCAGUUGUCACAGGACCUGCGAGCACCACGAGCCAAGAAAAACUCAGUUCGACCUCGAAAGCAACGACCUCCAGGCCAACCACCAUCUCCGGACGGCCACGACCCUCUUCAAGACCGACGAGACCCGGUACGACAUCCUCUGGAAGACCCACCACUGUCAGGACUCCAUCACGACCGCAACAAGUUACGACUGAACGGACGAGGACCACUCCGUCAUCGUCGACCUUUUCUACCUCGUCGUCAUCCUUCGCUCACACGAAACCAUCGACUUUCAAACCAACUUCCGUUUCCUCCGCGAAACCAAAACCCUCCGAAAAACCUGCCAGACCCACCAAGCCUUCGAAACCUUCGAAACCAUCGACAACGACUUCCACUCCACCCUCGACUACUUCAACCACGACACAGGCUUCUACUCUCUCCCUCACGACCCUCGUACUCAAUGAAACGACCUUGGCCAACGAGAUUUUACCACCGAAAGUACCAGCCGACGCCACCACGUCCGGAACAAGCAGCCCGACGACUCCGCCACCGGGCUUCGUAACCUGGAGCUCCUACUCCGACGAAGACAUCACGAAGGCACCGCAAACUCCAUCGCCGACCAUCGAAACCACUCAUCAAGCCUCGACCGAACCAGAAUGGUCGCCGAUAACGACUCCGGACGGCUGGAUAAUGAUACAAUCCCCAACAACGGAAAAAACUUCGAUCACCGCCGGAGAAGCAACGAAGAAGCCUGAGACGACCAAAAUUCCCACGACUUCCGCAAAACCAUCGUCGACCGUGAGUUCAACGACGGAGAGUGCGGCAACGACGAGGCCUACAAUACCGGCGCUGCUUUCUACGAUCGCGACGGUUACCGCAGCUACGGAUCUCCCUGUGCCGAUAGAGACUUUGAACAUGAGCGACUACACUCAAGUUUGCGGACGGAGAUUGUUCCCGGAAUCGAGAAUCGUUGGCGGGGAUCAAAGCUCUUUUGGAAAAUGGCCGUGGCAGAUAUCUUUGCGACAAUGGCGAUCCUCUGCUUAUCUUCACAAGUGUGGAGCUGCGUUGCUCAAUGAAAACUGGGCCAUAACGGCCGCUCAUUGCGUGGAAAAUGUACCGCCGAGCGAUCUUCUGCUCCGAAUCGGCGAACACGAUCUUGCCAAUGAGAAUGAACCGUACGGCUUCCAAGAGCGCAGAGUCCAAAUAGUGGCGAGUCAUCCGCAGUUCGAUCCCCGAACGUUCGAGUACGAUCUCGCAUUACUGAGAUUUUAUGAGCCCGUGUCACCGUUCCAACCGAAUCUCCUGCCAAUCUGCUUACCCGAUGACGAUGAUAAUUACGUCGGACACACAGCCUACGUCACUGGAUGGGGACGGCUUUACGAAGAUGGACCUUUACCAUCGGUGCUUCAAGAAGUAUCGGUCCCAGUGGUGAACAACUCAGUGUGCGAGGGAAUGUACAGAAAUGCUGGUUACAUUGAGCACAUACCUCACAUAUUUAUAUGUGCCGGAUGGAGAAAAGGAGGCUUCGAUUCUUGCGAGGGUGAUAGCGGUGGACCGAUGGUGAUCCAGAGGCCUCGUGACAAAAGAUGGAUCCUCGCUGGCGUGAUCAGUUGGGGAAUCGGCUGUGCCGAGCCCAACCAGCCAGGUGUUUACACGAGAAUUUCCGAAUACCGUGAAUGGAUCAAUCAGAUACUCCAGUUUUAAGGAUUUCCCGGUGGACAGUCAGUCGAAUCUCAGUGAAUACGAGAGUUGUAGAAAUCACGAGUAAAACAGGGACUCGAUCGGUUGGUAGAAGCGAGAAAAACUCAAUCGACGACGUGCUUAAUGUUGGACAACGAGAUUCCUCGUUCCUCGUGAAAAUUUCCGUGCUUUUCCAAUCGCACGAAUUUCAUUCCAAAAAAAGUAACAAAAUCAUUGCAAUAUUUUCAUCAAUUUUUUUAUAAAUAUAUAUAUAUAAAUAUUUUUUAAAUUAAAGACGAGAAGAAAAUCGUGCAAAGAUCGAGCGCCCAAUGUCAAUUUGCACCGAUAAAUAAACGAGUUUAACGAAGUUUGCAUUUUCCUUUAACGCAAUAAGGAAAUUGAUCGUUAUUUGGUAGGGAAAGUGAAUUUUGGUGAAUCAUAGACAUCGAAAUAUUCGUACCUUCGUACUCACUAAGGACAAAAAAAAUUAUAUAUAUUGGGUACGUAAUUAUGCAAACAUGAUUACCAACGUAAUUUACAGACUCUAAUUAAUUUAUUUUAUCUUUGGAUAGCCUGAUAUAGAUAUAUUUACUAGUAUUAUAUGGAUAAUUUUGUAAACAUACUCGUAAGAACCGAGGAGGCCCCUCUCAUACGUAAAAACAUAUUUAUAAUUUAUUUUUAUAGUGUCCCUAUGAUGCGAAAGUCAUUUCGAUUUCUUUUCACAUCGAAAACUUUCGAUUGUAAAUAUAUCACUGCAACGACAACUGUAUAGCCAAUAAAUACAAUUGAUAUUCUUCGAA